UGUGGUUUUGUUUUGUUUAUGAAUUCGAAACCGUCAUGGAGGAAAGGCUCAAGCAACGCCGUUAUAUUGUAAAUUGCAGUACCUGACUCUUUUUAGCGCUGACGUGCUGGUGCCCACCCAUCAGUUGAAGCGUACUUCUAAUGUGUAUCACUGCUGUGCAUAAAACUAAUUAGACAUGGCGUCCAACGCCGCCGAGAGCUCGUCCUCAAAGUUGGAGUUCGACGUCAACAUGACAUGCAACUCGUGUGCUUCGAAAGUGCAGCAGUCGUUGGAAACCAUCGGUGUCAAGAAAUUCGACAUUGAUGUGCAGAACCAAAGCGUAGUUGUUGACACUGAUAUUCCAUUCGCGAAAGUUCUGGGUGCUAUACAGGCUACUGGGAAGAAAGCAGUUCUUAAAGGUUACGGCUCACCUCAAGGAACAAGUUCAAAACCAUCAGCUGUGGCCGAAAUUUUCAGCACAUCGGGCAUCAUGGGUGUAGUUCGAUUUUCACAAAUUUCUGACAGAGAAUGUGUCAUAGAUGGAACUAUAGACGGUCUCAGUGACGGAGUGCACAGGGUCGAGAUACACGAGCUCGGCGAUCUGUCAAAUGGAUGCGAAAGCACUGGAGAUGUCUAUGAACCUCGGACUGGUGUUGUAGGAAAUUCCCAGUUUCUGAACAGAGAUGCCAUCAUUGCUUUCAGAAGUAUGGAUGCCUUGGUGAAGUGGAGCCAGACAGUACUGGGAGAAGCGUAUUUAGGAAAACGAAUGAGCUGGUUAAAGUCAGCGACAUUAUUGGGAGGUCACUUCUUAUAUGUUCUGCGAGGUCCCCAACUGCUAGUAAAGGAUGUGAUAUUAAUUCAAGGCUUGCUUGUGGCAUUAUCGCUAGAGCAUCUGGAAUAUCUCAAAAUCCAAAGCGCAUUUGCGCGUGUGAUGGAGUCAGCAUUUGGGACGAAGCUAAUGCUCCAACUAAAUAGUGAUUACAAACAAAUAAAUAAAUUACACGCUGUAUUUUUUAUACUGAACAAAUAAAGGCCUACAUCUUUGUAAGUACAA